AUACUUCAACUAGAAUUUAGUAAAAAAAAAAUCUAUAAAUACCAACGAAGUCUUACCAAAGUCUCAUCAUCAAUUCUUAUUCUUUCAUACUCCCAACAAAAAUUCGCUCUCUCGAAAAUUUCUUAGCUUUUCCGAACCUUAAACCACUUAACCUAAUUAGCAAUGGCAGCAUCAACCUCUUCUUCAUCUUCGAACAAGAAGGUAAUCCUAAGGAGUUCCGAUAAAGAGACUUUCAACGUCGAUGAAAAGGCAGCAAUGCUUUCGCAAACAAUCAAGAAUAUGAUCGAGGAUCUCGGCGACAACACCGAUCCCAUCCCGCUGCAUAAUGUCACCUCUAAAAUUCUCGCUAAGGUUAUCGAGUAUUGCAACAAACACGCUAAUGAUGAUAACUCCGAAUCAUCUAAUAAUGAUGAACUCAAGCAGUGGGAUAAGGACUUCCUCAAUGUCGACCAAGAGACCCUCUUUGAUCUUAUUCUUGCUGCUAAUUACAUGGAUAUCAAGAGUUUGCUGGAUUUAACUUGUCAAUGUGUGGCUGAUAUGAUCAAGGGAAAGACACCCGAGGAGAUAAGGAAGACCUUCCACAUCAAGAACGAUUUCACACCCGAAGAAGAGGAAGAAGUUCGCAGGGAAAAUCAAUGGGCUUUCGAGUAAAACUCAAGUAGCAAUGGAACUCAUUGAAGAACUCAUCACAGUGUUUAGGAUUGUUUACUGCUUCAUCGAAUUAUUUUUAAGAUUCACUAUUUUCAAUUGUUGUGUUCUCUUGAUCAAGAAACAAAUAAAGUUUUAGGUGUAAUAGUUAUAAAGGUUCAAUCAACUAUCUUGCAAUAAGUUAGAAUCACAUCUAGUAGGUUCCGCUCAUGUUUAAUCGAUUAUAGGUAUAUAAAUUACAUUAUACA